CAGAGUUUGCUCAUCCGCGGAUGCUUUUGGCUGGACGUGUUUUGCACCAAACGUUGUAUAGUUAAAAAAAGUUGGCCGUUUUGCUGAAGGGGUUUGAUGAGUUUCCGAAAUAUUACUUGAGUGAGGAGAAAACGCGCGAGCUCGGGGACACUUGCACGCGCUUGCAGUCACGCGGACGCGCUCUCGUGCUGCUCUCUUUCACGCCCAUGAGGAGAGAGACGGAGGGAAGUGUGGAGAAGCAGAAGCGCUGAUAGAAGGAGGAAACGAGGAUCUUUUACCUGUGGAGUUUGAGGUGAGAAGCAGAUCGGCACCAGACUGCAGGAGGAUGGACCAGGCAUACGGGGCAGGAAAAGCUGGAGGAGCCUUCAAUCCAGUAUUAUUCAUCCAGCAGCCACAGCCUAUCCUCCGCAUCAUGUCCUGGAUCUUCUCCAUAGUGAUUUUCGGAUGUAUUGCCAAUGAGGGCUAUGUGAACCGACCUGAUGAAGAGGAGGAGUACUGCAUUUUUAACCGUAACCAGAAUGCCUGUAACUACGGUGUGGCUAUGGGCUCUCUGGCCUUUUUUACCUGUCUUGCCUUCUUGGCCUUGGAUGCCUAUUUCCCACAAAUCAGCAGCGUCAAAGACCGUAAGAAAGCCGUCCUGGCAGACGUUGGCAUCUCGGCUGUCUGGGCCUUCAUGUGGUUUGUGGGCUUCUGUUUCCUGACUAAUCAGUGGCAGGUGUCCAAUCCUGAUAACAACCCCUUAAACGAGGGUGCAGAUGCAGGAAGGGCAGCCAUCACCUUUUCCUUCUUCUCCAUCUUUACCUGGGCUGGUCAGGCUUUCCUGGCGUUUCAGCGGUACAAGCUCGGAGCAAGUUCCAGCCUCUUCUCGCAGAACUACACGGACCCGAACGAGGAGACAGCAGCACGCUCUGAAGGCAUGGAUUACACGGGUUACAUAGAAGACACGGAGGCACCAGACAGUAUGCAUACCAACUACGAUGGAUCUGCUGGUUACCAGAGCCAAGAGUACUAAGGGGCUCAGGGACUAAGGUGUAUUGUACAAGCUCUAAUAGGCAUAUAUAGAAUGAAGAACUUUGUUGAAAGUGGAAGAUUGGACUGAGAUAAUGAAACAGAUGCUGGAUAUUUUAUAGUGUUUGAGGGAGUGGUAUGUAGCAUUCACUGAUUUAUCUAUAGCGGUUUAAUCUGAGGAUGAAACUCUUAUACAUGGUAAGGGAACAGAUGAUGUGCAACUUUUCUGUAUGAACCUUCGCAUAUUUCAGAUUGUAGUGUGUGUGUGUGUGUGUGUGUGUGUGUGUGUGUGUGUGUGUGUGUGUGUGUGUUCCAACCAUUUUGCCUUCAGCUAAAGAGUGCAAAUAGCUAUUAUAUGGUUGAAUUUAAAAAAAUAAAAAAAUAAAAAGAUUUAAUUGGGUUUGAUGCUUGUAGAUCCUAAAGGCAAACAAUUUUAAAAGCAUUUUGUAGUAUAAGGGACAAUCCAAAGAACUUUAUAGGACAAUAGAUAUAACUUUCUUUGUCUAAAUAUGCAUAUACAAGCUUACACAAAUUAUAGAGUAUGUUGAAAUUACAUGCAUUCUUUUUUUUGCAUGUAUAAUGCACACAAUCUGAUUUGCCGCUUUAUAUGUAUAUAUUAAAAUUGAUAUGUAUUUCAGCUGCAUUCUUCUUUCUGGUAAAAAUCCAUUCCAUUCUUUGACCAUUAACACCUAUCAGAAGUCAUAUGCACUUGAGAAGAUGGAGACAAGAAAGGCAGGUCACGUUUAGAAUUCAGGUACAGAAUAUUUACCUUUAAUUCUAUAAUAUGAGUCUGGUUGUAGAAAGAAGGUGUUUCUGAGCAGGACUCUGAAAUGUUAUUUAAAAAUAGGUAAAAUAAUAAUAAUAAUAAUAAUAAUAAUAAUAAUAAUAAUAAUGAAUGAUAUUAACUAAGAAUUAAGUUGCCACCAAAAUCAUUUCCUAAACUAUUUAAUUCCUCUCAUACAUUUUGGCGCAAGGGCACAUAGUUCAGAUUCAUUUAUAUUUACACUUAAGUUCCUGUUAUCACUUACAUUAUUGCAGCUGUGUACUGUCUCUCAUCAGCUUUUUUUGCUAAAUAGAGACUAGCUAAUUACGUUAAUAUGCAAAAGAAAUAAAAUACAGUUCCUCCAACAUGUUCUUGAAAUUAUGUAAACUUUUUUACCUGUCAGGAAAAUAUUUAACACUGACUGUUACUUUAACACUGGAGACUCCUUCCAAGUCCAACUUUACACAGAAAACUUCACCAUAUUAACAAUGUUACACUUUUUAUCAAACUGUAUCAUAUAUGCGGUGCUUCCACCAUACAAAUCUCCUUUUUACUAUAACUUUUUAAUACAGAAACAUCAAUGUUAAUAGCAGAGAUAUUGUCAAAUCCUAUCUUCUAAACAGUAAAUUAAUACCUUCCAAAAAUGUUAUUUGAGAUCAUUGCAUAGUGAAUUAACUGACAAAGAUAUCUAUCAUGUCUAUACCAGUCAAUAUAUGUCUUGUAUUUAGUAAAACUCAUAAUGUUUGGGGUAAUUACACAUCAUACAAUAUGUAGCACUGGUACUAUAAACCAAGCUUAUUAAUACAACCUGUUUCUACAUGGUGCAACCUAAAAACCUGUUUCUAUUUCACUUAAGAAAAUCUUGAUUAAAAGUUUUUUUUUCUUGUUCUUUUUUCUAGUGUGCUUAGAAUAACCAGUGUUCUUGUUGUCAGUUGUAGUCUUAUAUUUGUACAUGAAUCGUAGAAACAGCAGAAGUUUAUAUGUGUGUUGUAUAUUACUAUAUUACUAUUACUAUAGACAUAUAGUUUCAUGGUAACUUGAAACUGCUCUGCUUUUUUGUUUUGUUUUGAAGUGCAGUACAAAUUACUUUUUGGCAGCAAUAAGCAAAAAUAAUCACUUCAUUUAUACUAUUUAUAUGUAUGAAGUGCAAUGUACAUCAUGGUCUCCACCAUGGACUCUGGACACAUGUCAUGUGAUUAAAUUAAUGUGUGUUGUUCAAAAGUCGAUAUGUAUUUAAUCAUGUCUUCAAUUGUGCGUUCUGGAGCGUGUUCGAGCGAGUCACUGUCUGUCAGAUAUGUAAUAUCUAUCAGUAAUCUAUAAUCUGUCAGGUAUUAAAGAUUUAUGAUUGUGAUUUGAUAAGUAGUUCAUAAAGGAGAGCAUUACCCGGCGAUGUUACAAAUAAACUGAUUUCUGAUUCCAGA